AUGGCACAGGGGGUUGGAAAACCCGAACUAGUGCCAUAUGGUGAAGUAGUAACUGCUGAUGCUGGUGAAAAAGUUAAAGUGAAUGAUUUUAAACUUCUGCUGGCGGAAAGAGAAAAAUUGAUUACUGAUUUAGAGACCAAGAAAAAAGAAUUAAAAGAAAAAGGUGGCUAUACUGAAACCUAUGAAGAUUUAGCCCUCGCUCAUGACGAACUAGAAGAAUUGAUAGCAGAAUGA